GUCAAAAGUGUCAAAUGUAGAAUCUGUAGAGAAAGUUAGGUUAUGUUAUGAGAUUGUUUUAGUGAAAUAGAAAAGAAACAUAAAGUAUACCUUUGGGAACCAACAGAUUCAAAAUGCUUCCCUACAAUUCUCUUUUAAAACGCAUUCUUCCUAUAGUGAUACAAUGCGCAGGUGCUCACAGAAAACCCCGCUGGCUUCCUGUCGCAAAAAGCAAAAUUUACCGAAUCCCAAAGCGCCCAGAGAUAUCAGAGGAGGAACGUAUAGAGUUGUUACGAAUCAACAACAAUUAUCACACACAAAUGCGGGCUAUACGGCGUUUUUAUCAUGAAGAAAUGAUUAAAGAGAAGUCUACAUUGGAGAGUGCAAGUUCAGAGAUGUCUAUCAAAGUGGAGGCUGAGGAAUGGGAGCGGUGCAUCAAGGCGAACGAGGAGUGGAACGCCAAGGUGGCCGCAGAGCGCGAGGAGCGCCGCAAGCAGCAGCUGGCGGAGCGGGAAGAGUACAUCCUGUCCCGGAUGCAGCAAAAAGACGAGUUGAUGAGACAACGCAUUGAAAAGGCAUCGCAGGAGAUUAGAAAACAGAAGGAAUUAAGUGCCACAUUCAUCACCCCAGAGACCCUGGACGAGGCCAUCGAGAGAGCCCUGGCCAACCCUGUUGACUACAACUUUGCCAUUGACCUGCAGGGCAACCAGAUACCCGGCAGAGAAACACCAGUGCCUCCCAAGGAAAAAGCAAAAGCGGCUAGUACGUCAUAAUAAAUAUCUUCUGUCUUUUAGUUGUUCAAAUACCUAUCUAUAUUGCAAAGUUAAACAGAACUAUUUUGAUGAAGACAAGUUCAAAAUGCAUUUUAUCUUAUCUAAUGCAAGUACAUCUCACUAAUCUGGCACUAAUGCUGACACAAGAGAGCAUGAUUACUGGAAGUUAGUGCAAAUCUGCUUAUUAUAUUGAUGUGUUUUUAGUAUGUCGAAGCAAUUCACUAUACUAAUAUCCUUAAUUCAAAGAAAACUGUACUGUUGUCUGGAUUUAUGGCAUAUAUAAACAUAUUCAAGAGUGAUAAUGUAAAUUUGGUCAUAGAGUGAUCGCUUGCACCCCUAAUCGAAGUGCCAGAUUACCGAGAUUUUACUGUAAUGUGCAUCAAAUAAUAAAUGGAUGAUAAGUAUAUUUUGGUAUCAUUCUCACACACUAGAUAGAGAUAGCAAAACAAUUCAACAAAAUGUGAAUAUGUUAUGAAAGCAGUUAAAACACUGUGAGAAUGAGAAUGAGGUUUUUAAUUCUGAAAAAGUUAUUAAAGUGCAUUCUGGCAAAUGCACAGGUGUGCACGCAUGUUUGCUCUAGAUUGUGCGCAUUAUGCGAGUCUUGCCAGAGUGGCGUUGGAAAUCUAAACCAAACAUGCUUGGAUCUGGACGCACCUUUAGGGUGGCAGACACUUUUCAUCAACAAUGCUCCAACAUUCAUAUAAUGAAAAGACGUUCCACACUCGUUUUUUUAGCAUUAGAAAGUAAAUAAUCUUGACUUUUUUUUAUACCACGACGGUGGCAAACAAGCAUACGGCCCGCCUGAUGGUAAGCAGUCACCGCAGCCUAUGGACGCGUGCAACUCCAGAGGUGUUAUAUGCGCGUUGCCGACUCUUUAAAAACCUGUACACUCCUUUUUUGAAGAACCCCAUACUGUAGACCCUCGGAAAAACCUCGGAAGGGAGCUCAUUCCACAGCCGGAGCGUCCGCGGGAGGAAAUUCCUCUUGAACCGCACAGUACGCGACCAAGGUGUGAGGGUGAACUCCCUGCCGACGGCGAGCGGUGCGGUGAUAGAAAGUGGCCGUUGGCAUCAUGUCAAACAAUUCCUCAUAGAACAGCCCAUUGUACAAGCGGUAGAACACACACAAGGAGGCAAAGUCUCUCCUUAGACUUAAAGGUUCAAUACCGCUUGUGAGUUUGACGUUUAUUUUUAUUGAAAACGCUUUUAAAAAAUACGCUUUUAUUACUUAUGAAAGCAAAAGAUUAUAUAUGAUUUCAGAUCCCUUUGUUUGGCAUAAUUAUUGAAAGUCAUAAUGUAAUGAUAGCCAUAUUACUAUUAGUCAUAACUCAGAAACCGUUAACAUUUCAGGAAUUUUCUUAGGUUAUCCUAUAGACAGGUUAGGUUCGUUUUCCUCGCCCGAGCGCGCCGCCUCGGCCGAGGCACGUCUACUCUGGCCGUUCUGUGCGUGAGGAAAUUGCCUCGCGCGUAUGCUCGCUCUGUGUGGACCCGGCUAAUCCUGAAAAGUUACUCGUUUCUGAGAAAAACCAAAUUUUGGCUAACGAAAAUGCGUACAAACAAUACAUUAUAACUUAAAACUUUAUGGAAAACAAUAGAGACCCAUCCCAUAUGAUUUAUUUGUUGCAUGCAUAUUUACUGUGACUUAUUUGCAAGUGAUUUUUACUAAAGAGACACAUCAAGACCGCUUACCUUCUUUCUAAUGCUAA